AUUUGUUCCUUAAUUAUGUCUCUGUUGAUCUUACUACUGGUGGGUGUGUCCUUAACAGAGGUCGUUGGGGCGGCGGAAUGUAACCUCUACGAGGGCAGUUGGGUUAAAGACAAUUCCUACCCUCUUUAUAAGAAUUGCCCUUUUGUAGAGAAGGAAUUCAAUUGUCAGAACAAUGGCCGACCUGACACCGACUAUCUAACCUACAGAUGGCAGCCUACCGACUGUCAACUUCCCAGAUUUGAUGGAUUAGGGUUUCUAAAUAAAUACAAAGGGAAGAAGAUAAUGUUUGUAGGGGAUUCAUUAGUUAGAGACCAAUGGUCUUCUUUGACAUGUUUACUCUAUAAUUCCGCAAAAGAAUUAAACUACACCCUUAAAAGAGUAGCCAAAGUCUCUACUUUUCAUAUUCCGAAAUACAACGUGUCGGUUAUAUUGGAUAGAAACGUGUUCUUGGUCAAGUUAGUAGACGAGGCGAAGGGAAGAAUAUUGAAAUUGGAUUCGAUUGAUGGCGAGGGUUGGAAGGGGAUGGAUUUGCUUGUUUUCGACACUUGGCAUUGGUGGAAUUAUAGGCACGCCCUACAAGUAUGGGACUAUAUACAAAUAGACAACAAAUAUCUAAAGGACAUGGAUAGAAAUACCGCCUUCGAGCAUGCAAUGGGAACGUGGGGUACAUGGGUAGAUGCAAACGUCGAUCCUUCUAAGACACGUGUCUUCUUUCAGGGCAUAUCGCCUAAUCAUUAUAGGGGGGCGGAAUGGAAUGAGCCACAUGCGAAUAAAUGUGUGGGACAAACAAUACCUAUAAUGGGCUCGAAAUAUCCUGGUACAUAUCCUCCGGAAAUGAAAAUAGUGAAAAGGGCUUUAAGUCGCGUGAAGAAGGUUCCGGUGAGUUUAUUAGACAUAACCGGUCUUUCUUUGCUUAGAAAAGACGGCCAUCCUUCUAUCUAUGGCUCGGGCGGGGCUUCCGGUGCGGAUUGUACUCAUUGGUGUGUUGGAGGGGUCCCUGAUACUUGGAACCAGAUUCUUUCUCACCUUGUCCUCACCCACAAACAUUGAAUAUAUAAUUAUUCAAACAAAAUAUAUUGGUAUAAUCUAUUCUAUUCAUAGCACACACACAAAAUUAAACAUUGUUUACUAUUUUUGUGUUUUUUUUUGCUUCCCAUUGGUGAAAGAAUCUCAA